AUGUCUGUGUCCACAAUAAGCCCCUUUGGAUCCCAGAACACGUUCAUGGUAACGUCACAGGCUCUUCUUCCUGUAGUCAACAAAUUUUUUGAUCAGAUAUCGCCAGCGGAGUGGAUCCUGUUGGCCGCAGGCAUUAAACACCCGGCCACAGAGGCCACUCUUGUCAACAUGCUUGUUGAAAUUGUCCAAGCACUGUCAGCGGCAGUGCUGAGAGUUGUGGUGCCCAUUUUUCAGGAGCACCUUUCAAACACCACGUCUCCAGUUGAACUGGAGACAUACAAUACUCACCUGGGAGACUCCCUCUCCCAGUGUUUCUCAACCGCUCUUGACGUCCCACAAGUGAGAAGUCAGAGCAUCCUGGAACUCUCGACACUAAUUGAAAAAGAAGUGUCUGAGAGGAUCAGGUCUGUUUUAUCCACCGCCGCCAACAGUACCUGCUGGCCAUCAGAGCCGGCCGUGUACGUGCCACCCACCAUGUCCAACAGCAGGAACCUUCAUCGCAUGGUGAGUCACGCUUUCACUUGUCUUAAAGGACUCUUACAUAGGAUGUGUUUGCGCCCAAAAGACAUUGAGGUGGAGAGAUGUCAAUCCAUUCAGAGUAUCAACUCUGACAUCAGCGUCCCCUCAGUGACCAAAGCAGUGAGUGACAUCCUACAAAAAUGGUCCAGUGAUACAGUGAGCCACACAGAAGAGGCUGAAACUUCUCUCGUGCCACUCAGUGACUCUCUGGAGGCUCAUGAUGCAGCGUCUGAGAUCGUCACAAUGAUCAGUGAAGACCUGCAGCAUCCUGUCUUCGGAGAUAUUAUUUGUUGCAGUGAGAGAAGCUCAUCCAGACCUCGUUAUAAUAUCAGACUCGCCCUCGAUAAGGUGAGGGACUUUUUUGCCGGACAGGCCAUACCACCAGAAGACGCCAUACAAGUCCUGCAUAAACACACCUUUUUUAAGAUUGCCAGAAAUCAGUUCCAGACCACAAUGGAAGAACUGAAGAGUGCGUUUCAGUGCAAUGACACAGACUUUGUCAUAAGUCUGAAACAGGAUUCAAGCAGGUCUCUGCUGAGAAUCAUGGAGGAAGUCGAGGAGGUGACCUUGCCUGGGGCUAUUCCAGAGCCUCCCAGGCCUGAGUCUAGACCCGCCAGCAGGACUACAAUGACCAGCUUCGGAGAUCUGUCAUCUCCUCCGUUAGACUUUGACACCAUCAAGAAUGAUCUCGACGACUUGUUUGAUAAAUCAGACCUGCAAGGUGCAACAUGUACCAGCAACAAACUAGAAAAUGUCGCGCUGGCUGAAGAGAUCAGGAAGUUUUCAAGAGAACUGACGGAUAAAAUGUACCAUCACCUUAUGAAUGGCCAGAUGUAUCAGAUCCCCAUCCUGCCAAUGGGAAGAAGUCUCUCUGACUCUGUCAUCUCAGAGCGCACGUUCAAAAUAGGCACCACUCGCCCCAACUUUUCUCCUGAAGUCCUGUAUGCAAUGACAGAGGACGCAGUAGGAAAGUUCUGUCAGCUGAUGCUCCACUGGCUGGAGAAAGAGCCGUCAGUGAGAAGAAGUUACGAUGAGAAAGUGUGCGGUGCGUUUGCUGAGAUUGAUGACCUGAUAACAAGAUCACUGACCCCAACAGAAGAAGACAACAUCAGGCCAGACUCCCCUGAAGCCCCGACUUCACAAGAAGUGAUCUUCGUCGGGCCAGAGUCCCCUGAAACCCCGACUUCACAAGAAGUGAUCUUCGUCGGGCCAGAGUCCCCUGAAACCCCGACUUCACAAGAAGUGAUCUUCGUCGGGCCAGAGUCCCCUGAAACCCCGACUUCACAAGAAGUGAUCUUCGUCGGGCCAGAGUCCCCUGAAACCCCGACUUCACUAGAAGUGAUCUUCGUCGGGCCAGAGUCCCCUGAAACCCCGACUUCACAAGAAGUGAUCUUCGUCGGGCCAGAGUCCCCUGAAACCCCGACUUCACAAGAAGUGAUCUUCGUCGGGCCAGAGUCCCCUGAAACCCCGACUUCACAAGAAGUGAUCUUCGUCGGGCCAGAGUCCCCUGAAACCCCGACUUCACAAGAAGUGAUCUUCGUCGGGCCAGAGUCCCCUGAAACCCCGACUUCACUAGAAGUGAUCUUCGUCGGGCCAGAGUCCCCUGAAACCCCGACUUCACAAGAAGUGAUCGUCGUUGAGCCAGAGUCCCCUGAAGCCAGCAAGACGCUGACUACAACACCCUCUACAACAUAUAAGGAAUUAACUCCAAGUGACAUUAGACAGCCAGACUUCUGCUUCAGCAAUGACAUCUGUGACCGCUUGAAUGUCCGGCUACAUGUAGAUAGCCGGACUUUGGCCUCAAAAAAUGUACCUGAGCGAAAGCCAACAUCCGAUUUAGUCUGGGAAGAAACAAAGGGCUUUCGCCCAGGAACUUUGGCGUCUUCCUCCACUCUGGCGCCACUUUCCAUUAAGUCCAGUAAAGGUCAAUCAUCAUCAGGAAGAGACAAGCUGACAGCCUCGACAGUGGACAACUUUGUCUGUGCCCUGGUCAUAAGGUUGAUUGGGCGAAUCCCUUGGAAAGUCAAGAAAGACAUGAGAAUUGAUAGUAUGAACGCCAUCAUCAACCGUGUCUCAGAAAGAGCACAAGCAGAGGGCAUCAUGAUGCUUCCUUCUCUCUCAAAAGCCAAGGACGUCAAGAAGGUCAAUAAAGCGGUUAUAAAAGAUCUUCUUCAUCAGUAUAAGACUCCAAAACAGUUGUUGAAGGCGGCACUAGCAAAAGAUGAUCCAACUUUCACCAGUUCUGUUGUGAAAUAUCUAAACAUCCAUGUGAAAGCUUUGGUUGACCCUCCUCCGAAGAACUCCAAGGUGGCCACCUUCUUCAAAGCUGUGGGCAAAGCGUUAGCCAAGCCCUUCAGGCUGUGCUUUAUGGACACCAGCGACGACUAA